GGGAAGGCCUGUGCCGACUGCAGACUCUGGGAUUCCGAAUGCUGAGGUGGCUCAGCGUGGUCUCCUGUUUCGUCGUGGUCGUCCUGUUCGCACUUCGCACGUGGGACCGCAACAACGUGUGGGCCUCACGCGAGGCACUUUUCGAAUCUGGCAUCAGAGAUCUCCCUAGGAACGCCAAGGUGCACUACAACUACGCAAAUCUUCAGAAGGAUCUCGGAAACUCGGAACUGGCCAUCAAGCACUACAGGAUAGCGAUCAAACUCUGGCCAGAGCAUGCCAGCGCGCAUAAUAACCUGGGCACGUUGCUCGCUUCGACGGAUGAAUCAGAACAUCACUUCCAGCAUGCCUUGCGUAUCAACCCAAACCAUCCAGGAGCUCACUUUAACCUCGCCAACAUCUACAGUAAACGGGGUCAAAAGGACGUGGCACGGACGCUGCUGGAGCGUGCCUUGGAGUUGGAACCCGAUUUCUGCGAGGCAUACUCGUCGCUGGCGGCGCUUGCCGCCGACGAGGGAGACCAGGCGGAAGCCGAGAGGCUGCAUCAGAUGGCGCUGAACAGCGACGCCCACAAUGCUGACGCCCGCAACAAUUACGGAACGUUCCUACAGGCACAGGGACGCAUGGAGGAGGCGAUGGCCCAGUACCAGCGCGUUCUGCAUACCCAGCCUAAUCACACCGCUUCUUUACUGAACGCCGCAAGAAGCCUGCGUAGCAUGAACCUCAACAGGCAGGCUGAAAGCCUCUAUAAGAGAGCACUGGCAGUCGAGCCGGAUCCCCAAGUGAUGGACAACCUCGCUGUGUUCUACGUGAAUGCUGGUCGCCUGGACGAGGCGCAAAAGCUCUUCGAAGAUGUGCAGCGGCUCUUCCCAGAACACCUGGAUAGCAAGGUUCACCAUGCCCAGCUACUCGUUCGUCUCAGGAGUUUCCGCGAAGCUGAACAUGUGCUGCUCGAGGUCAUCGAAAAGAACGCCACUGACAGAGAGGCGCUGCACACGGCUGCGCUGCUUUACAAUCACACCAACCGUACAGUUGAGGCAAUGGACUACAUAUUGAAGGCACUCAAGCAGUGCGAGGUGCGUGAACGGUCAUGCGCCAGGAUACAUUCCGAUCACGGUGACAUCCUGAAGGACUACGGUGAUCUAAGCUCCUCAGCGCAGAGUUACGAGGUUGCAAUUGAACUGCAACCAGAUCUGCCACACGCGCAUUUGAAUCUUGCUGUGAUCAGGCACUUGGAGGGCGACUACUCGGGUGCAUUUCGACACUACCAGGUGGCUCUGUCGCUCGACCCGAAGAAUAAGCUCAUCAUAGACAACAUGGCCAAACUCAGGCGGCGGUUGACUCGGCCUCAGCGCUCCCAAGAUUGCCUUUAAAAACUUAGCGUUUGUAAAAUGCAUGGUCGUUCAUACGUCAGCCCCCUCACGCGGCGAACUUUCACGCUGUGUGUGGCAGAGGCUGCUCGCUUGUAGCGUGAAUGACUGUGCUUGCACAUACUGUUUAUAUUGAGUGCAGCGUGAAACGUUUCCUCAGAAAACUACCAGUUUUCCGCUAAUGGCUCUUGGAGGGUCUUAUCGUGAUGAAUUAAGGACGAAUUAUGGUGUUCCCUUUGCGUGAUAUCUCGAUAGGGUGUAAAUCACUGUCUCGUUUCAUGGUAUAGGAUGCAGCUGCUGGUACUGGUAGCAGCUUCCAUAUUCUCGAAUUCUGCGCCCCUUUGUGAUGAAUUGUUGUGCUGGGCUCUUAGGAACGCCUAUCCAACAUUCGCACCCUCGUCACCACUCUACCAGCUUGGUACAAAGAUAUA